AUAAAAAUGUUGAUAAUUUUAUGUUUUAUUUUUAUCAGAUAGAAUUAUUUCAAAACCUAUUAUAAAAUAAUAUUUAAUAACUUUUAGGCAAGUUGUAUCACUGAAUAAAUUAAUUGGUUGUACCUUGUGUAUGUAAUAUCAAUUGAAUGUAAAAAGAAAUUUUAAAAACUUGUUGUAUAAUUAUAAUGUUAGCAUCAUGUUCCAUUUGUGGAGAUGUUUUCACUGGGAUACAUCCAGAAUCAGUCCAUUCAACUCCAUGUGGUCACGUAUUUCAUCACGAAUGUCUAAUGCAAUGGCUUCAAAGGUCUCAAACAUGUCCACAUUGUCGUUCGAGAGUUUUAGAAAAACAAGUAAUAAAAUUGUAUUUUCAUAAUAAUUCUAAUUUAAGUGUCAAAGAAGACAUAUCAUCAUUAACACAUCAAGUACAGUCGUUAACAUUUUCAUUAACUGUCAAAGAGCAAGAAUUAAAAAAUUUUAAACAAGAAAGUAAAAAAGAAAAAGAACAAUUAGCAACUUUAAAAAAGCAUGUAAAAGAUGUUGAGGAUAAAGUUAGAAAUCAUCAAACAGUUGUGUCUAACUUACAAGAAAGUAUUCGUUUUCUAAAAGCUGAAUGUAAAAAAUCUACUUGUUACAAAUUGGAAGCUGAGGAUUUAAGAAAAGAAUUAGAAAAAUUUCAAUCCAUUAAUAGUGUUUUAUAUGGGACACCUGCUGAUUCCCAGGAAGCUGUUCAUUUAUUGAAACAAAAGACUGAUAUUCAAACAUUGUGUUUACUUAUUACUACAUUUAAAAGAGAUAUUCAAACUUUGAAAGAGAGUAAUAGAGAUUUAGAAAACAAAUUACUACAAAGACAAACAAAAUAUAUGGAUUUGAAAAAACAAUUUUACGAAAUAAACUCGAAAGACUCAAUGAAUGCUAGAGUUAUGGAUAAAUUAAAAUCUGAGAUUUCUGAUCUGGAAACUGAAAUAUCCAGGUUACAAAAAAAAUGUUCCCAUUUAGAAUCUAUGGCUCAAAGUAGUGAUACACCAAAGCGAGCAGAAUUACGAAGAAGAUUUAUACAUGAAAGUCCAACACCUGAAUUUCCAGUCACACCAGUUGCUGAAGAACCUGCAGAAGGUAUAGUUUUUUCUCCUCAAAAUAUUGCAUCUAGUUUAUUUCAAACCAAAGGACAAUUAAAAUCUAUGAAUUCAUGUAAUCACACAGAGGAGUUACCACAAAAUAUAAAUACAUUUAUGCCCUUAAGUCCUCGAAGACCAAUAGGAUUUAUGAGACCUCCUCUUACUACAAAGUCAAUAAGUGCAAAUUAUGUUUCUAAAACAUUAAAACUGUCAAGUAGCUCUGAUGAAGAAAUAUAUGAUGGUCUGGGUGGUCGAUCAAAACCUGAUACUUUUCCCAGUCGCCAAAGGCCUGCAUUAAAAAAACGCAAAUUACUUUCAAAUUAUAAAAAAAAAAAACUCCCAAGUGGAAAUACUACCUUAGAUAAUUUUUUAUCAAAUGAAAUUCCAUGAAUUUAAAUUAUUUCAUUGUAA